AUGCCAGCUGUUCUUGCUCUAGCUGGCUUCAUUCUGAUGCUGCUCACCAAAAGUGUCAGGUCUGAGUCAGCAGAGCUAAGGUUCCAGGGCCAGACACAGUUUGUUGUGAACGAGAGCAGCAAGGCCAUAGUGCGUCUGGUGGUCGAACGAGUUGGAGAUCCAGUUAAUGUAACUGCUCUGGUUCUGCUGUAGGGAGAAGACACUGGUGACUUUGAGGCCACGACUGCUGCUGUUUUCCUUCUGUCUUCUGAAAGCAGUAAAACCAUCUUCAUCGCUGUGAGGGAUGAUGACUUACCUGAGGCUGAUGAGACCUUUUUGUUCAACCUCCGCCUACAGAGCUCCUCAAAUGGCGUGAUGCUGGGAACUCCAAAUACGGCCACCAUCAUCAUCCUGUCCAAUGACAAUGCCUUUGGAAUAAUUUCCUUCAACUCAACCUCUCUCAUUACUGUGGAGGAGCCAAGGGGUAGAAGCCAGUAUGUGCCUCUGACUGUCCUCCGAGAGAAGGGAACCUAUGGCACUGUGACUCUAAAAUUUGAGAUUUUUGGAGGUCCAAAUCCUGCCAGUGAGGAUCUCAGUCCAGACAUAGGAAACAUUACCAUUCCUUCUGGUUGUGGUGUUGUGGUUUUCAGCAUCAUGAUACAAGAUGACAAGCUUCCAGAAGAUGAUGAGACCUUCACAGUGCAGUUGACAGAAGCAGCUGGAGGAGCUUUGCUCAAUCCUAACAGAAGCAGCGUGCAGAUAAAGAUCUCCCAUAACGAUGCUCUUGUCCGUUUCUCCAAGUCCACUCUCACUGUGCCGGAGCACAUCGGUGUCAUCUCUCUCACUGUUACACAUGGCAGAACUGAGGAUGGUCUUCUAACUGGUUCUGAUGACGGAACAGUAUCUGUGGCCUUCACAGUCAUUACAGGCAAUGGGGCGGCUAGUGCUACGCUGUUGGCAGACUUUGUGGAUCUACAGAAAGAGAGUAUGGUUGUUUUCCCUCCAGGGGUCCAUGAAACAGAUCUCCACUUCAACAUCACAGAUGACAACAUUCCAGAAAUUGCAGAGUCUUUCCAUGUGGUUCUUCUGGAAGAGACACUAUUGGGUGAAGUGGUGCUGUUGACUCCAAGUAUAGUGCAAGUGACCAUUGAGCCCAGCGAUAAGCCUUAUGGAGUGCUGUCAAUCAGUCCUUGCCCAAUACAACCUCUCAUCAUCAAUGAAGACCUGACCCAAGUAUAUGAAGGCAUCACCAUUGUGAGGAACGGAGGAACCCAUGGGGCUGUUUCGGUUAGAUGGAAUAUUACAAGAAACUCCACAGACAGGAAUCCUGUCUCUGCAGACCUUAAACCUGUCUCAGGUACACUUAGGUUUUCUGAGGGGCAGAUGAGUGCUGUACUGCCUUUAAACAUCACUCAGGACAACCUGCCUGAAGAGGCAGAGGCCUUUCUCCUCAGACUGAUCACAAGAUCUGUACAAGGAGGGGCUGAAGUGGAUAAACCUAUGGAAAUGGUGUUUUACAUUCAGAACAGUGAUGAUGUCUAUGGUCAAUUUUGCUUUCAUCCGAAAGAGAACCAGAGUAUUCAGAGUCAGCCAGAAGGGCGAUUCCUCUCGCUUAGCUUCCUCCGGGAAGGUGGUACCUUGGGAGAGAUGCGACUUACCCUGACUGCCCUCUACAUACCUGCCAGACCACUGGACCCCUCACGAGCUAGAGAUGGUGUGCUGAACGGUACCAGUGUCAACAGUGUUCUGUUCAAUUUGGGUCAGUCGCAGGCUCAACUUAUCUUGCCUAUUCGCAAUGAUGCCUUCCUACAGAAUGGGGCUCAUUUUCUCAUAGAGGUAAGAUACUUAGUGGAAAGGUCUUUUCUCAGAUCAUUCAGUCUGGAGGGAUUUUUUUCCUUCAUUAUGGGAUUGGGAAAAAUUGCGGUUUCUUCAUUGAUUAAAAGUCUCUCCAUUAGAUGUUUAAUUAGUGACCUUAAGUAAUCUGGCUUUCUUUUAAGAGAUCUGACCAUGGGGGGGCCUGGGUAGCUCAGCGAGUAUUGAACAUAUCAACUUUCCACAUGUAUUUCAUGUCAACUACCCAUGUACCUGCUAGUUCUAAUUCAACUCACAAUUUUAAAGUUACAUUGACCUUUUUCAUUGUUGUGAUUACAUUGAAACUAUGUACAUAAAUAUAUUACAUGUUCCAAUUAUUUGUUGGCUGUGCAGGAGGGGGAGACCGUUGAACUGAGGGUGAUCAGAGAGCAGGGCAAGCCGCUUAACCAGCUCAUAAGAUACACAGUGAUACCAUCUGGAAAUGCUCAGUUUUAUGGGGCCACAGGAAUCCUUGAGUUCUCACCAGGGGAAAGGGAAGUGAUGGUGGCCCUGGUGGCAAGGCCUGAUGGAAUUCCAGAGCUAGACGAGACAUAUUCAGUGGUCCUUAGUAGCCACAGCACGCCAGCUAGUCACCUUGGCAACCGAAGACAGGUCAGCAUUACCGUGCGUAAGAGUGAUGACCCAUUUGGAGUUAUUGAAUUCAUUCGGCCUGUCCUGGACUUCACCAUCAAUGAGAGUAAAGCCAUGGAGUCUCAUUCAGCAUCUUACGCAGUUGGGAGGAGCAGGGGUACAUUUGGGAACGUGUCAGUCUUCUGGCUUCUAGUACCCAGCCAUUCUGGAGACAUCAGUCCAGUGCAGGGUCAGAUCAUCUUUGCUGAAGGGGAGAACCUGAAGAACCUGACUCUGUUUUCUGUGCCAGAUGAGAUCCCAGAGAAAGCUGAAACGUUCACCAUCACCCUUCUCAACACAACGGGUGGAGCAAGACUUGGCAACAUUAUGAAUGCAAGCCUAAGGAUUCGUGAGAAUGAUGAUCCAAUAUAUUUUGCUGAACCUUCGGUUCAGAGGGUGCAAGAAGGGGGCGUGGCCAAUUUCACCAUCCUGCGAGCUGGCCUGGCCAAUUUUAUGACCACAGUGAAGUAUUGUUUUGAGUAUGGUGACACAUCCCUCGGAGACUUCACUCCUCUGAGCAACGACUCUGUCUUGGUCUUUGAUUUUGGAGAGUGGAUGAAGAACAUAUCAGUUGCUGUGGCAGACGAUGACAUACCAGAGACAGAUGAACUGUUCUACAUAGUUAUUUUCAAUGCCACAGGUGACGCAGUGGUGUACGGUUGUGACACUGCUACAGUGGUGAUUGAGGCCAAUGGUGAUGCCAAUGGAAUAUUCUCUCUGGAUCCCACUCAAAAGCCAGUGGAGGAGGGCAGAGCCAAUAACUUUUAUGUUCUUAGAGACAGAGGUCACUUUGGCAAUGUCACAAUAUAUUGGCAGCUGUUUGCCAAUGACACCCACCUUGAACCUCACCAAGAAUUCCUGAACCCAUCUGGCUCUAUAGUAUUUUGCACUGGGGAGAAGACAAAACCUAUUGUUCUUGAAGCCAUCUCUGACAAACUCCCAGAGUUCAAUGAGUUCUAUGAGCUCAGACUCAUGAAUGUCUCAGGUGGCUAUUCUGGUGAUGGUGGAAAACUGGCAAAGAAAGACCUCAAUGCAUCUGUUCUCAUUCCCUUCAAUGACGACCCAUUCGGAGUCUUCGCAAUUGAUCAUGGUACCCUAGAACGUGAGGUACCAGAGGACAUCUUAUCAGUCGAUGACAUGUUGGGUGUCACAUCCUUCACCAUACUUCGCCAACAAGGCACCUUCGGAGAUGUGAGUGUGGCCUGGGAAAUCCUGUCCGGAGCUUUCCCAGAUGGUCUACCACCCAUGGAGGACCUGAUACUAAUGGCCUCCUUUCCUCAAGCUGUAGAGCUCCAACCACAUGCCAGGAGGCACCAUGCAGUCAUCGAUGCAUUAUUCAUUGAAAGAAAGACAAAUAAAAUUGGUUCCAACCCAGAUGGUGAACAAUGCUCCACAGGUCUUCUACAGGACCUGCAUCUGUACGCUAGACGACUCAACCGCUCAGAUAUUCACGAGAUCCACAGCCAACCUGCCAAGACCGAUCUCCAGAAUGUGUCAGGAUACCUGACCUAUAGACAAGAGGAGAAACGGAAGUCGUUUGUGGUGGAGGUACUAGACGAUCAGGAGGAGGAAGGAGACGAGGUGUUCUACCUGCAGCUGGUGGCAGUUCAAGGUGGAGCCCGUCUACCCUUGCCCAGACCUAGUGCCAUCCUCAGAGUGAUGAAGAGUGAUAAUGCCAAUGGAUUGUUUGGCUUCACUGGUGCCUGUAUACCUGAUAUAUCUGAAGAGGGCUCCACAAUCUCCUGUGUAGUGGAGCGUACACGGGGUGCUCUGGACCACGUCUAUGUUAACUACACCAUCACUCAGGUUGAUUCACCUGCAGACCAGUCAAAUAUAUUAGACUUUGCCAAUGCUACAGGCAUCAUUCAUUUCCUGCCAGGCCAGCGCUCGGAGGUCUUAAACCUGCUGGCUCUAAAUGAUGAUUUACCUGAGGUCGAUGAGCACUUCCUGGUUAGGCUGGUUUCAGCUGAGUCAGGUGAUGGAAAACCAGGUUCCACUCCAACCAGUGGGGCCAGCAUUGAUCCUAACAAUGCCAUCAACAAUAUAACCAUCAAAGCCAGCAACCAUCCAUAUGGUCUGUUGCGGUUUCAAACUGUCCUUGUCCCUGCUGGUAUGAUCAGGCCAGCACUGACAGAGGCCCACAUAACUGUUCAAGAGGAAGCUGGUGUGGUCCGUCUGCCGGUGGCCAGAGCACAAGGACUGCUCGGAAGGGUGAUGGUAGGCUAUCGUACGUCUCCAUUCUCAGCUUUCGGCUCAGAGGACUAUGAGGACACAGAUGGAUUUUUAGACUUCCUCCCUGGUGAGAGACUCAAGUACAUCAAUGUGACUAUUAUAGACAACUUGGUGCCAGAGUUGGAUAAAGUCUUCAGAGUGGAACUCUAUAAUCCAAAUUGGGGAGUGGAUGAGUUUUUUGCGAGCGAGGGCAGUGGAAGUGCAGAGAGUGACACUGACUUAUUUUUCCCAUCCUUUCACUAUCAUCAUGCUAACCUGGGUGCUGCUGCUCAUAUCACUGUGACAAUCGCUGCCUCUGAUGAGGCUCAUGGGGUCUUCCAGUUCAGUGCAGACUCUCUGAAUGUCAACGGCACAGAGCCUGAAGAGGGCAGAUGUACCGUAAUCCUGCAGGUGAUUCGUACCUUUGGCGCUCUCUCCAGUGUGACAGUGUACUGGGAGGCAGAUGCAAGUUCAGAGGGAGAACUUGUUUAUAGAUCUGGCAAUUUGACAUUUGAGAUGGGCCAGACCACUGAGAAUAUCUACCUACUGAUUUCCCAAGAUGACAUCCCAGAACUUGACAAGAGCUUCAAGGUCCGCAUCUCGAAUGUUUCUCAUGGUCGACUUGGGAAGGAGUCUACUGCCACAUUAACUGUACUGGCCAGUGAUGACCCUUAUGGACUGUUUGUAUUCUCUGGCAGCAGCAGGCUGGUCCGUGUGGCGGAAGCAAACACAGUCAUCACCCUGACCAUAGAGAGGAGAAGGGGGUUAAUGGGAAGGGUACAGGUGAUGUACAGAACAUUGAGAGACUCUGAUGCAGCUCCAUAUAGCACAUCAGGAGUGGGUCGGGCCAGAGCAGGCAAUGACUUUGUGCCUGUUGUGGAGUCAGUGCUAUUUUCAGCCAAUCAAAGUGAAGUAAAUGUGACCAUAAGGGUGCUUGAAGAUGAGGAACCAGAAAGGGCAGAGUCUGUGUUUUUAGAACUUGUCAAUGUCACAUUGGUUGAAGGCCUACAAACCAGGCCAGUUGCUCUUUCACCUCGCCUCGGCCUACAGAAUGUUACAGUUGCUCAGGUCAUUAUAGAGGCCAGUGAUGAUGCUUUUGGGGUGAUACAGCUGUCUUCUCCAGCAGUGAGCGUGCCUGAGUACUACACCGGGCCUAUUAUCAAUGUAACACGUACUGGAGGGAUUUUAGCUGAUGUGUCUGUCAAGUUCAGAGCAGUACCGAUGACUGCUAGAGUUGGAGAGGACUUCAAUGUGGCUUCUUCUGAUGUAGUUCUACUGGAGGGAGAGAGCAGCAAGCCAGUUCCCAUCCUCAUCAUUAAUGAUGUGGUGCCUGAGCUGGAGGAGACCUUCCGAAUUGAGCUUCUCAAUCAGACCACUGGGGGCGCUCUCUUGGGCACUCUCGCACAGGCAGUCAUUACCAUCCUACCCUCUGAUGACCCAUAUGGAUCUUUUGUUUUUCAGGCUGCACCUAUCACAAUAGAGGAGCCAGCGGUGAUUGCUUUUGAGGUCUCUCUACCCAUAGUGAGAAAUGCUGGAACAAUAGGUGAUGUAGCUGUCCAAUGGAGAGCCACUGUCAAUGGAAGACCUGCUGCUGGUGAUCUUAGAUCUGUGUCUGGUGAGGUCAGAUUUGCUCCUGGAGAAACAUUAAAGACUCUAAAAGUGGAGGUUUUGGCUGAUGAUGUACCUGAAAUUGAAGAGGUUGUAAAGGUCAAACUCAUAAGUGCCACCAAUGGUGGGAACAUUGGAGCUGAGAAAGUGGUUGACAUCAUUGUUCCUGCAAAUGGCAACCCUUAUGGAACCUUGUAUUUUGAGCAAGCAGUGUACCGCGUCCAAGAACCACUGGAAGAGGUUUAUAUUGCCAACAUUACAGUUCGAAGGAGUGGUGGUAACUUUGGAUUGCUGGAGAUCCAAUACAGCACCUCUGAGAUUGACAUUGUAACCAAUGCUCUGAGUGAUGACUUCCUCAUUUACUAUGAUUCUCCAUUGGCCGGAGCUCCUGCUAAUGCCCUCCGCAGAUCCAUCAACAUCACCUCAGCCACAAAUGUCCAUAAUUUCUGUGCAGUAUUCUGCAUUCAGGAACGAGCUUGUCAAGCUUUCAGCUUCACCAACGCCUCCAGAGCUAGUUGCUUUUGGGUGACAUCUGGGGCAGGCCAGCUGAGUCCUUCCCCACAAACCUUCACUUAUCUAAAAAAUACCACUGCAACUGCCUCGCUGUUUAGCAUGCAAGCUGUUGCUGGGAGUGACUACAUCACCAUGACAGCCCAGACAGCAACCAUGUCCGACCAAUCAGGGGGUGCUAACCUAACUGUACCUAUCUUGAUUGACUCUUUGCCAGAGGUGGACGAGAGUUUCAUGAUUAAAAUCCUGAGGGGAAGCUUGGUCAACAUGACUGCAACUGCUGAGAACCUGCCAACAAUACAGCAGCCUGACACAGCUUUGGUGACUAUAGGGAUGAAUGGAGAUGCGUUUGGAAUAUUUCAGCUCUAUAUCAUUAGCCCCAAUGCUACAGAAGAUGGGCUGUAUCUGGAGGUGAGAGAGGAACCAAAAACGACAGUGCUGCUGGUCAUUGAGAGGAGAGGAGGCAGUCUGGGACAGGUGACAGUGGAGUGGAAAUAUUUGGGGGGCAGCGCCACACCCAGUGCUGACUUCAAUGAGACGGGGGAGACCCUCAUCUUUGUAGAAGGUGACAUGAAGAAGACCCUUGAGUUUGUCAUCACAGAUGACAUGGAACCUGAGGACAAUGAGACCUUGCAGAUUGGGUUAGUGAGGACUGAGGGUGGCAGCCAGAUCCUGCCUGGUUCAGACAUAGUCACCAUACUUAUCCUGGCAAAUGACAAUGCGGCUGGAGUGUUGGGCUUCCAUACAGCCUCACGAUCAGUCAUCGUUAGUGAGGGUGAGAGUUUGGCACUUCUGGUGGAGAGAACAGCCCCUGCUAUUGAAAAUGUCACAGUGGAGUGGAAGAUUGAAGGCCCUCAAGCCUCAAUGACUUUUGUAGACACCUCAGGAGUUCUCUUUUUCUCUGAGGGUGUGCUAAAUAAUACUAUAAUAUUGAAGCUACUUGAGGAUACCACACUAGAGGAAAGAAAGAAAUACAGAGUUAUCCUGUCAAACGUACAAACCAAAGGGGUCACUGAGACUGGCCGGGCAGCUCUGAGCAUGCAGGGUUGGGAAGCAGUUGUGAGCGUGGAGGCUAGCGAUGAGCCAUUUGGCAUGCUCAGUAUUGCCCCCUCCUCACUAAGAGUGACCAAAGAGGAGAAUGACGUCACUAUCAGGAUCUACGUAAACAGAGAGUUUGGUGCAUCAGGUGAUGUGAAUAUAAGCUAUGAGACAGUGAGGGGUGCUUUGCAGGACCUCAGACAGACUGAGGGAGCUCUUGCUGAACCAAGCCAGGAUUUUAAAUAUGUCUCCAGCUCUGUGAUCAUGCAGGACGGACAGACAACUGUGUCCAUCCCCAUCACAAUUAUAGAUGAUGACAUGCCUGAGUUGAAAGAGUUUUUCUUAGUCAAUAUAACAUCGGCUGUCCUCAUAACCACCCUCCCAACUGCACCUAAACUGAAGAUUUACUAUACAUUGAAAGAUACUGAAGGUCUUCUAGCAGAGAUCAUCAUUGGUGCUAAUGAUGGAAUUCAAGGGAUUGUCAGCUGGCAAAAUAUAGAUUAUGUGGUGAAUGAGACAAUCGGAGUGUUAACUUUGGUUGCCUACCACGAUGCUGGGACACAUGGAAAUGUUUCCCUGUUCUUCUAUGCCCAGAAUCUAGAGGCUCAGUUGGGUCUUGAUUUCAAUGCCACACCAUCGAUGAUCCACUUUGUGGAUGAAGAACGACGCAAAUUUGUUGAAGUGCAGAUUUUAGAUGAUACCUUACCUGAAGGGGAUGAGAUCCUAGCCAACCCGUCGGCAGGACUGGAACUGGGAGAAAACACUACAGCUACUGUCACUAUUCUGGCCAAUGAUGAUGGCCAUGGAAUCAUAUCCUUUAACAACAGUGAGCACUUCCUGUUGAGGGAGCCCACCUCUAUGUCAGGUCUUGGGGAGAGUGUGGCCACCCUCUACAUAAUACGAAACCCUCCUCAGGGCACAUUUGGCACCGUAACAGUCCAGUUUACCAUCACUGAUGCCAAUGGAUCCCUCUAUACUGAUGAUCUCACACCUUCUUAUGGAUUUGUGGUGCUUGAGGGUGGGGUUAGAUUUAAGACCUUGGAGAUCCGGGCUGUUCUGGAUGCUGAACCAGAGAUGAAUGAGACAUUCACAGUUACUCUGUCCAACCCAAUUGGAGGUGCUCGACUGGGAGACUCACUGCAGACUUUCAUCACAGUACUGCAGAACCAGGCUCCACUAGGACUCUUCAGAUUAUCACCAUCAUCAAACAGGACUUUGGACACUAUGACAGUAGAGGAGCAUACUGGUACUGUAUACCUGACUGUAUCUCGUAGUAAUGGAUUGGAGUCAGCUGUCAGUGUGGAAUGGGAGACCCAAUCAGGAACAGCAUUGGCUUCAGAGGGAGAGCAACCAGUACUGGCUGUGUAUCAGUCUUUUAGGGACAGCCUGGCCUCAGUCUGGUGUCUAGUGCCUCAUGAAGACUCUGCUCUGGUUUUGAGGCUCCUCAGAGGUUCAGCUCAGAAUCAGGCUGUACUCUACAGGUGGCAGGGGGUCUUAGUGCCUGUGGAGUUUGUCAGCAUCCAGAAUCCCAGCUCUUGUGUGGGUCUUACAGUAAACGGCUCCAGCUAUGUGGCAGUGUCUCAUACAGACAACACUGGAUCAUUAACUGCCUCAGUCAGCUUAUUUCGGCUUCAGGCAGAUCUUAACCUCACUCAAGAGCAGACUCUUACUGUGAGUGGCUCCAGUGUUAAACAAUUCUCUGCUGAAACUCAGCAAUAUCUGAUUGCUUCUAGUAAGAUAUUUGUGUGGACAGGAGACUCAGUCACCUUCCAUCAAAAUCUGGAGUUACAAGAUAUUACCACAGUCAUGCCCUUCAGACGAGGCAGUAGCAACCUCCAGCACCUGGCUGUAUGCAGGAACAGAACCUCAGAUACUUGUCACAUCUACCAGUGGAGUAGUGGACGUUUCCAGAACCCUCAACCUCUAGCAAUCAAUGCUAGAGUCAAGCAAGUGGAGUCAUUUCUUAUGGGAGGAGACACGUUCCUCCUCAUAGUUACUGAAGGUCCAAACCCAACAUGUGAAGUGUUUAUGUGGGGGUUUCAGCAAAGCUUCUUCCAGCAGGCAAAAUCCAUCCCAUUUCCAGGCCUCUUGUCAGUCCACCCCUUCACCCCUCCAUCUGGAAUAUCUCAUUUUUUGCUUGCGGGUCUGACUGGUUCAAUCCUGUACUCGUGGAGGUCAGAUCUGAGGCAAUUUGCUGAAGUACUGAAGUGUCCUUCUUCACGAGAGUUCCUUUAUAUUCCUGUUCUGCCUCUCAAUUCUACCAAGAGUCUCAUCAUAGCCACUGGAGAGUCAAACUCUGCUGUAUAUGAGCUGACAUCAGUGUCCAACCAGUUUGACUUCAUCCCCAAUUCAGGAGAGCUGUUUUUCCAACCUGGUGUUCGUGAGCUGGAAAUAGCAGUGAAUGUAAUCGAUGAUGAUGUUCCUGAGGAAGAAGAAAACUUUCGAAUCAGCCUCAAGAACCCCAAAGGAGGAGCAGAGAUUGGCUUCCGGGGUCAAAUCUCUUUAGUGCAUGAGGUAGAUGAGCUAGAGAAUGAUAACCCUGUGUGUCUGAGUAUUGAGAGGAGAAGAGGCAGGUUUGGUAGACUGACAUUACACUGGAGUGCCUAUGGAAGUCUGGAUGACAUUUUCCCCACUUCUGGAGUGGUGACGUUUUCUGAUAGUCAGGCUGUUGCUACCAUCACUCUGAAUAUAUUAGCAGAUGAUUUUCCAGAGCAAGCAGAAAAAGUCACCAUUAUCCUGACCAAGGUCUCAACGAUUGGAAUAAUAGAUCCAUCCAAAGGAGCUGUGAUUGACCCUCAACAUGGCCAAGCAAAUGUCACCAUUAGAGCCAAUGACUCUCCUUACGGAGUAAUUGGUUGGCACCUUGACUCACAGUACUUCAUCACGCCAGAACCUCAAAAGAGUCCAAGCAAUAUUACACUAAGUAUUGUUAGAGAUCAAGGAGCAUCAAGGGAUGUAUUAGUUCACUACACAACCAAAGUGGCCCUCCACCUGCAACCUGUCAAUCAGACUACUGAAGAGGUGGACUAUGUGGCCAAAGAGGCCACAGUCAUCAUGAUGGAGAAUGCUACUGUUGUUUUGGUGACCCUUUCCAUCCUUCCAGAUGAUAUUCCUGAACUGGCUGAGACAUUCCUUGUGUAUAUCACAAAAGUUGAACUGUUGGGUAGAGACACAGGAGUAGAUCAGCCAAGCGUGAGGAGACCUGGUCUAGAGGUAGCAGAGGUCACUAUCCAAGAGAACGAUGAUCUAAGAGGAGUCCUCUGCUUCAAUGUCUCAAAGGAUGUUUCUGGGGCAUUGCUGGCCUAUGAGGUACCCCCACCUGAAAACACCCUUCGUCUGGCAGUCAUGAGAAUGGCUGGUAAUUCUCCAAUGGCUGGUAGGGUGGUGCUUUACUGGGAAGCUCAAGCAGUCACGGCCAGCACUGAUGAUUUUAGUCCUUCCUCAGGAAACCUCACAUUUCAAGAGGGACAGGCAGUGGCCAGUGUUGAGAUCACCAUCAUUGAUGAUAUAAUUGUGGAGUCUACAGAGACUUUUAUUGUGAAACUGGUGCGAGUCGUAGGAGGUGCCAGGUUGGGGGAUGAGACGUCUGUAGUAAUCAGCAUUCCGGCCAAUGAUUCUCCUCUGGGUCGGUUUGGGUUUGAGCAGCUAAUUGUCUCCGUCUCUGAGCCUCGGUUUGUGAAUGACCCUGCUUCUAUAGCUACACUGACUGUAGCGCGUAGCUCAGGAGGUGAAGGAGUGGUCCAUUUGAUCUGACUUCUGCAGGAAGAGGGUAGAGAUGACCUAAGUCCUCAUAAUGGAACUCUCAUAUUUAAUGGGACUGAGUCAAAGAAGACCCUGGUGAUCCAGGCUUUCACUGAUGCUGUCCUGGAGGGAGAGGAGAGAUUCACCAUCCAGCUUCUGUCUCCAAAAAAUGAGCCAGUCAUUGAUCCAGUUAGAGGUGUUGCUACUGUUGUUAUUCAAGCUGACAUGGGUGCCCUGGGAACCGUAGGUAUAUCUGAUUCCAGCAGGAAUGUUCUGAUUGGAGAGCCAAGGGGCAAUUACAAUGGCACAGCUCUGGUCAGUCUUGUAAGAGGUCCCGGCAUCUUUGGUGAGAUUGAGAUCUACUGGAACAUUACCCCAGCUGCGGAAACACAGUUUGAGGAGACUUCGGGCAAAGUUGUCAUGAAAGACCAUCAAUCUGCUGCUACGAUUCAGCUAAAGGUGCUUGAUGAUGAGAUCCCUGAAGAAAGAUGUGUAUAUCAGCUCAGACUGAGCUCUUUAACACCUGGAUCAGCAAUCAACCCUGACAGACAACACGCCAUCAUCACAAUGGCCCCUAGUGACCUUCCCUAUGGUCUUUUCUCUUUCUCUCAACUCUCUCUAUGUGCCACUGAAGAAGACAAAGCUGUAAAUGUGACCAUUGUUCGCUCCAUGGGUCUGUUUGGCAGUGUGUGGGUCAGUUACCACACAGAAGGCAGAACUGCAAUCAGUGGACAGGAUUUUGGACAGUCCUCUGGUCGAGUGCUAUUCAACCCUGGCGAGACGUCAAGGGUCAGCACACUCACUAUACUAGAUGAUGAUCUUCCAGAAGGACCAGAGGAUUUCCUCCUCAACAUUACCCUAGUGGAGCUUCUGAAUGGCAGUUCAAUGGAUUUUAGAGUGAGAGAGUAUGGUCUUCAGAUUGACCAGCCUCCAGUUAUUGGCAAUGUUUCUUCCAUCGUGGUGAUUAUCCAGAAAAAUGACAAUGCUGAAGGGAUCCUGGAGUUUGACCCGAAAUAUGUCAACAUCACUGUUGAGGAGGAUGUAGGAAUUGUAUCCAUCCCUGUAUUGAGGCGUACUGGACCCUAUGGGCAGGUCACAGCAGAGUUUAUAUCCAGAGAUUUGACUGCUCAACCUUAUUCGGAUUACAUCCUGAUGUCCAAUGGGUCCAUCACCUUUCAGUAUGGCCAGACACUUCGAUACAUCAAUGUUUCCAUAGUGGAUGAUAUUGAGAGUGAAUUUAAUGAGAUAUUUGAGAUGCAACUCACCGUUGCCACAGGAGGUGCCAUACUAGGAGCUCACCUAAUUGCACGGAUUACAAUUGCGAAGAGCGACUCGCCAAAUGGUGUUGUACGAUUCGUCAACCAAAGUGCCAUUAUCAUCCCAAACCCCAUCAGUACCCUCAGACUGACCCUAUUCGUGGAGAGAGCAGGCGGAGUGCUUGGAGACGCUACGGUAACAUGGAAGAUUCUAGGUCCAAACUCAAAUGAAGUUUUACCAUCAGAAAACACAGACUUUGAUGAACCAGUGAAUGGAUUGUUCAAUUUCAGAGAUGGAGAGAGGGGUGUGCGCAGCAUAGAGCUAAAUAUUGUGCCACAUGGUGAGGUGGAGGUGACUGAGAAAUGUAUUGUUGUGCUCAGUAUCCUCUUUGGAGAGAUGGACGUUGACCCCAGAGCUGAAUCUGUCACACUCACGAUUGAGAAGUUUGGCGACCCCAAUGGCAUAGUACAGUUCACAGAGCAUGACCUGAAAGAGCACGUUUACACUGAGCCUUCUGACAGCGACGGGCUGCUCAACAUCUCAGUCCUUAUCACACGUAGAGAGGGCAUCACGGGCAACAUCACGGUUUUCUGGGAGAUCAUCAGUGAUGCAAACACAACAGGAGACCUCACCACCCUACAGGGUUUUGCCAUCAUCCUGGCAGGGCAGCGUGUGGCAGAGAUAGUCCUCACCCUGCUGCCCGACUCCGUGCCUGAGCUGGAGGAAACCUACACCCUCCGUCUAACUUCUGUGGAGGGUGGUGCAGAACUGGACAUCAACCAAAGCAGUACCAGUUUGAAAGUCAGAGCAAAUGACGAACCUCAUGGGGUUUUUGUCCUUUAUCCUCAAAACCAGUCAGUGGUUGUUAAUGUGGUGGAUCGAAGUAGGAACCUCAUGAUCAGCGUGAACAGGCUGGCAGGGGCUUUUGGCAAUGCCAGUGUGGGUUAUAGAGUCAGUUUUACCACCCCUGGGCAGAGUUUUACAGAGGACACAAUAACUGGGAACAUACUGGUGAAGGAUGGAGAACAUGAAGCCAGUGUUAAAGUGUCAUUAAAUAGCCAGAUAUUCUUUGUGACUGGCUUUAACUUCAGCGUGGAGCUGACAGACGUGACUCUAAUUGGUCCUCUGCUCAGCACCCCUCCUAGGAUUCAACAGGAGUCAAAGCUGGCUGUCGCCUCUGUCCCUGAAGUGGCAGCUAAUGCUGAGGUUGGAUUUGCGUCUUUGGCCCUGCAGGUUUCAGAUAUUGAGAGUGGCCGGUGUGAGGCACUGGUCAGAAGGACAGGUUUGUAUGGGAAUGUUACCAUCCGAUGGAGCGCUGGGUUCCCUCCAGGCCAAACUCCAGCCGGGUACCAGCCAGGGAACAUCUUACCAAGAGCAGGUGUGGUAGUGCUUGCCCAUAGUCAGAGGAGUGAGCUGAUAUCUCUCAGUGCUGUUAAUAACACGUCAGAUGUCGCAGCACAUGCCAUUUACCUGACUUCAGUAGAGUCAGAUUCACCUGGUGGUGCCAGACUCAGGACUGGUUAUACAAUAGCCGAGGUGGAGCCUUUAGGACUGUACCAGUUUCAUCCUGAUUCUCGGCAACUGGUGAUUGAGGAGGACAUACAGACCAUCACCCUUUAUGUCCAGCGGCUCUAUGGCUUCCGUAGCAACUGCUCCAGAAUCUCUUAUGAGACAUGGCCUGGUACCGGCCAUCCUAACAAGGACUUCGCUCCGGUAUCUGGUGGCCAACUUGUGUUUGAUUUGCGUCAAACGUCUGCUGGCAUUCGCCUGUCCAUCCUGGAUGAUACCUUAACUGAACCAGAUGAGAAUUUUUACGUAAACUUAACCAACGUACAUGUUCUUAGUGCCAGUUUGCCUUCAAUCGAAGCUGAGCCUCGCAUUAUAUUUGAAUAUAGUGUAGCUAUAAUUACCAUUCUUGCUAACGAUGUGGUUAGCGGGUUUUUGAGUAUAGGUCCAACACUAAUACACAUUUCCGAAGACAGCCAGGAGGGGUCGCCUCAACAGAAGGUUGCCCUAAGGGUAUGUAGGACGGUAGGGCUCACAGAAGAGGUGAGUGUCAAAAUCAAGGCUUAUGCAGGACUGAAAAUGGCAGAGUUGGACGUAGACCAGUUUCAUCAGGAGCAUAAUGGGACGUGGGCCCUGGAAGGGGAGGACUUUGCUUUGGAGACCCAGACUGUCACAUUGUUAGAUGGGCAGAGCGAGGUGGUGGUCAGUGUACUCAUACUGAACGAUCAAGAGCCGGAAGGGCAGGAGACGUUUUUUAUCUACCUCAGUGAAACAGAAGGCGGAGCAGAGAUUGUCAGUGUGCCAGAUGAACUGGGGUUCACUUCCUUUGCUAAAAUCAUUAUUCUGGGGAGUGAUCUUCAGAAUGGUAUAGUUGGCUUCAGUUUGAGUUCUCAGUCAGGCCAGAUCCUUGAUGAGGACUCAGAGAACAGGACUGCUAUACUCUUUGUACAAAGACAGGAAAACAGAUCAUUUGAAGAUGUGUUGGUGUUUUGGCGGGUGACAUUCAGCACAAUGGUUCAAUUAGUGUUCAGUCAUGGAGUGAAUCUGACUAGAGAGCUGCAGCAGACAUCAGGCACAGCACUCUGCAGGAAAAGAGAAACACUUUGUGCCCUCAGGUUGGAGGUCCGACCAGAUCAGGACCCAGAGUACCAGGUGUGGUUUCUGGUGGAGGUCUACAAAGUGGGUGAGGGGGCCACCAUAAACCAGACUGCCUGCUUUGCCAAUGUGACCAUGCUGGAGAGUGAUGACCCAUGUGGGCUGGUGUACUUUGCCCAGGGAUCCAGACUACCUGUGGUCACACUCAGAGCCAUGAGCGUCAGUCUUCAGGUCUACAGGGAUAUCAGUACAGCAUCAACAAUCUCUGUGAAGUACCGCAUGGAGGAGCUUCAGAAAGCAGAAUCUAUUGGCCCCACUCUGAUCUGGCCCGCUUUGUCGGGGCAAGACUUCGUCAUGGCAGAGGGCACCCUGACCUUUGAGUUGGGACAGAGAAGUGCCGGCCUGGAAGUGGCCCUCAUGCCUGCCACCGGUUCCUCCAACCCAACACCUAAACGAUUCCAUGUGGUUCUCUAUGAUGCGACCAGUGGCGCUCGGGUUCACCCAGAGUUCGGGCUGGCUAACGUGACCCUGGUUUCUGACUCUGAAUCUCAGGCGGUGUGGGUCCUGCUGGAUCAGCUGCAUCAGCCUCUGGAUGAGACCAUCAUCAACAGAGUUGUGCAGGGGCUUAUCAAUAAAGUCAGAAAAGACAUCACUCAAGAGCAGCUGACAGCAGUGUUAGACGGAAUGAGCAAGAUUCUGAAGGAUGCUGAGCAGACUCCACUAAAAGACAGCAGCCGCAUCUUGACCUAUGACCUCCUGUGUGCCAUGGCGAACCCCAGCCGAGCAGACACGCGAGGUCUGAGCCAGCUGGCAGAAGUGGCGGAGCGCUUUGCUUUCACACUGGUCACAGACAUUGAGUGUGGGGCAGAUAGAAAGAGAGGCACAACCACAUUGGAUACUUGCCCAUAUUUCACCAUAGAUGCUCAUCACUGGUACCCCACUCAGAUCAAUGGGCACACAUUUACAGGCAGGAACGCAGACACCUUCACCCUGCCCGAGACCCUGCUGGAGGUGCCAGCCCUGCCCACGUGAAGCAUAGCCCCAUCUGAUUGCCUUAAAGUGCACUUCACUGAGUACAACACUGAGCACUGGUUCCUCACUAACACCAAAGCCAGCGCAUUAAAUGACAAGGUUUUCUCUGUCAGUCUGCAAGGUAGAGGCUCUAAACCUCUUGCUGAUGGUCAAGAGGUCGUUUGCCGCAUACACACUUCAGGCCGACGCGGGAAACCUCGCCAAUCUCUAUGCCUGUUGUGGAAUCAGGCUGCAGAGAGCUGGCUGUCUGAUGGUCAGUCUUGCCGUGUGGUGGACGACAGUCAGAAUUUCGUGGAGUGUGCGUGUACACAUCUGUCUGUCUAUACAGUGAAUGUAGAAACCGGAAGUUUUGCUUCAUUCAAUGAGGUCUUCUAUGCUGCAGGCUUCAUAUGUAUCUCAGGAUUUGCCUUGGCCAUUGUAUGUCAUUUGCUGUGUGCUAGAUUCCUUAUGUUCGCUGCCAAACUCCUCACACACAUGAUGGUGGCCUGCUUAGGGACUCAGAUUUGUUUCCUAGUUUCUGCGUUCCGGGGACAGAUGUUUUCAGAGGACAGCUGUGCUGCUCUUGGACUUUUCUUCCAUUAUUUCCACCUCAGCCAGUUCAGCUGGAUGCUCAUACAGGCCAUAAACUUCUGGCAGAUUUUGGUAAUGAAUGACAAGCACACAGAGAGACACUAUCUCCUCUACUUCCUGCUCAGCUGGGGACUUCCUGCUCUGGUCAUUAUCGUCCUGGUCGUAGUCUUGCUGGGAGGUUAUGGAUGGAGUAUUCAUAGUGUUUAUGGCCUGGUGCAUGGAGAUUUGUGCUUCAUCCCAAAUGUAUAUGCUGCUCUCUGUACAGCCACCCUGGUUCCUCUCAUAUGUUUGGUGGGCGUGCUGGUGAUCUUCAUCCAUGCGUACCAGGUCACUCGGCAGUGGAAGGCUUGUGAUGACAUCUACCGAGGCCGGACAAACAGCUCAGAGGUGCCUAUGAUACUGUUCCUGUUUGCUCUGGUGACGCUGGUGUGUUUGUGGGUUGGACUGCAUAUGGCCUAUAGAUACUUUUGGAUGUUGAUCCUCCACAUCAUCUUCAACAUCUUUCUGGGUCUGUACGUGUUUUCCGUAUACUUCAUCAUGCAUAAUCAGCUUUUCUGGUCAGCUAAGGCAACCUACACUGUGGAGAUGAAUGGUCACAGCAGCCCAGACUCCAUGUAUCAGGGUGGUGGAGCUGCUUCAGUUGGGGGAGGAGAAAUCAGCAAGUCUACACAAAACCUCAUCAGUGCCAUGGAAGAGGUCUCUGCAGACUGGGAAAGAACUUCUCUUAGGCCCAGCAGCCAGCCCAGCAGUGUUUCCAAACAGACUCCACAGGAUGAGAACUUCAUCACAGAAGGGGGAUUCAUCAAUACUAGUCUGGUACAAAACAAGGAGUCACAGGAAUUUGACGACCUUAUAUUUGCCUUAAAAACUGGUAAGUCAUUGAUUCUGCUUGACAACAAGUCUAUCCACAGUAGUCAUGAUGGUGGGAGUAUUGCGAACUCUCAGAUUGUAGAGCUGCGACGGAUUCCUAUCGCAGAUACGCAUCUCUAACCAAAUUGUUUUUGUACGGAAAAUUGUAAAAUAAAAACGAUAGUUGUUUUUUUACUGUUUCUGCCCUUUGCACUAAAUCAUAUUAGUUUUGAAGUUGUCUUUUUUUAUACGUGGAAAUUAAUGAAUUCUUUUUAUAAUGUAUACAUAUGUGAAUAUAAUCACUAAAUUAAUUUAAGAAGAUUUUAACAUUGUUUUGCAUGGAAAUAUCAUGUAAAAUAAGUAGCAGUUGGGCCAGCGAGCCCCAUAAACCUGCUGCUUGAUUGAACACCAAUAAUAAAUGAUACAACCACUAUUUUUAUCCGCAUUGCCUCUGAGUGAAUCUGUAUCCCCACA